AUUGCUUUGCGCCCGCCCGCUAGUUUUCCUUCAUCUAUGCAACAUCCCACCUAGUCUUCCUGACGACUGUUUCUCAUUCGCAAUCCUAGAAAUCGUCGUGCCCAAGAUGGCGGGCCAACCAAUGGAGUCACGCUUCGGGCGCAUGUCGAUACAUGACGAAAACAACGAUCCAAGCGAUGGCGCUCGACUUCAGCAAAAGGCGAGAGAGCUCAAGUCAAAGGCAGGUCCCAGUCAAGUCCAACACACGAGCGCCCCCGGCAGGCCGAAUCUCUUCAAAGUAGCCCUUCAAUCGCAAAGCGGCAAUACCGUAAGAACCGUUCCCGUUGCCACGAAAUCUUCGACCAUUGUUUCAUCUGCCGCUCACAAGUCCACGACAUACGCCGGCAUUCGUAGAGUCGACGACGAUGAUCACGACGAACUCUCGCAGCCAAUGGCCUCCGCUAGCGUUUCUUCGACAGGUACAUCUACAUCCGAGUCAUCCUCUAGUGCCGGCUACGAUCAGUCGAUAUCCCCCAAACAAUUCCACCUUGGCAUGUUUGAAAUCGGUCGGCCGCUUGGCAAAGGCAAAUUCGGCCGCGUAUACCUCGCGCGGGAGCGCAGCUCUGGUUUCAUCUGUGCCCUCAAGGUGCUCUACAAGUCGGAAUUGCAACACGGCACCGGGGUCGAGAAGCAAGUGCGUCGCGAGAUCGAAAUUCAAUCCAACCUACGACACCCCAAUAUCUUGAAGUUGUACGGACACUUCCAUGACAGCAAGCGCAUCUUUUUGAUUCUCGAGUACGCCGGCAAGGGCGAGCUGUACAAGCACCUACGCAAAGAAAACCGUUUCCCCGAAUGGAAAGCAGCGCAGUAUGUUGCGCAAAUGGCAUCCGCCCUCAAGUACUUGCACCGCAAGCAUGUCAUUCACCGCGAUAUCAAACCGGAGAAUAUUCUAGUCGGCAUUCACGGGGAGAUCAAGAUAUCGGAUUUCGGCUGGAGCGUGCACGCGCCCAACAACCGGAGGCAGACGCUCUGCGGAACCCUGGAUUACCUGCCGCCAGAGAUGAUCCGGAGCGGAUCCAAGGAUAACUGGUACAAUGAGAAAGUGGACUUGUGGAGCUUGGGCGUAUUGACGUAUGAGUUUUUGGUCGGCGAGGCGCCGUUUGAAGAUACGCCGAUCAUGACACAGAAGAGGAUUGCGAGGGCGGAUAUGACCAUUCCCGAGUGGGUCAGCAAGGAGGCAAAGGAUCUGAUCAAGAAGUUGUUGGUACUCGACCCUGAGAAGCGUCUUCCUUUGGAGGAGGUGGAGAACCACCCUUGGAUCUUGAAGCACUGCGUCAAGGGAGAAAGGGCUGCGAACCGGGAGAAAAUGGCAAGUAAAAUGGGCAACUAAGGGGUGUCUCUUGGGUUUGCUUUUACUUUGUCUGAUAUCCGUCGAACUUUCUUCGAGCACUGCGAAAGCGUGGAGCCCACUUGCAUUGUUAGCUUGUUUUUCUUGUUUUGUAUUUCUUUUCUUCUUCAUGUUGUAAUACGGGCGUUC